GGUGUCCGUCACGUCGGCAGCAAGUUCAAGUUCAACACGACCAACUUCCGCGUAACGAAAAACAAUGUAAAUCAAAACUAAAACAUUUUUGUGCAACAAAUAAAGUUGAUCAUCAUUAACAAGAUGCAUACAAGACUCACAAUGUAUACUUGGUUGUAUACAUUGACAUUACUCACGACUACCGCGCAUGCGCAUAUAAUCGGCUCAGAUUACACUUACUAUAACGUCGGAGUGUUGAUGGCGGGUCAUCUGGACUCACCUUUCGACCUAGUCCGAUGCGGCCCUGCGGUGGACAUCGCUCUGGAAGAGAUCAACGAUAAAUUUCUCAAACCACAUCGAGUUAUCCUACAAAAAGUCCAAGCAAGUUAUCCUUCGUGUAGCGGCGACCUGGCUCCCGGAUAUGCUGCAGACAUGCAUUUUAAAGAUAAUGUGAUUGCAUUCAUCGGUCCUGCUUGUACAUUCGCCCUGGAACCAGUCGCGAGUCUGGCAGCAUACUGGAACACUCCGAUCAUCACCGGAAUGGGUGACCAACCGCCAUCUUCCGAAGAUGAAGUAACAGUGACUUCCGGUAUUCUUGGACGUUUGCAACGCUGGAAUCGCAACGAUACCGACACGCAAGGUAUAUUUAAGAACAAGAGUAAAUUUUAUCCGACGCUAACAAGGAUGUCGUACUGCCAGUGUCGCCUGAAGCUGGUCUUCGGGAGUAUUUUUAAACAGUUCGAUUGGAAGCACAUUGCGUUGAUCUUUGAUAGAUCGGAUUUAUUUUCACUUACAGUCGGGAAAAACCUGGAAUACGGCCUCAAACAAGACGGACUCCUCGCAUUCGUACGUGAAUUAGACGGAAACGACGACGAAAGUUAUGAUAAUUACCUAAGAGACGCCAGUAUGUACGCGAGAAUUGUUAUCCUAAGCGUCCGGGGAGUCCUCGUGCGUAAAUUCAUGCUCGCCGCUCAUGAACUAGGCAUGACCCGCGGUGACUGGGCUUUUCUGGACGUAGAAAUAUUCAAAGGAAAAUACUGGACAGACCACGACUGGGAAGUUGGAGAUGGUCAAGAUGCAACCGCACGUAAAGCAUAUGAAGCCCUAUUGAGAGUAUCCUUACUCCAACCAACAGAUGAUCAAUUCCAAGACUUUGCUGAUAAAGUAAAAACCAGAGCUUUAAACGACUACAACUAUAGCAUGAGACAUGAAGGAGAAGAAGUGAAUUUUGUUAGUGGAGCAUUCUAUGAUGGUGUCUACCUCCUAGGCAUGGCCCUGAAUGAAACCAUCAAUGAAACCAUCACGGAACUUCUUAAAAUUGAUCAGAACCAACGUAAAUUCAAUGAAACCCUCAAUGAACGCAUUCGGGAUGGUUUUAGAAUCACCAAAAAGAUGUGGAAUAGACAAUUCAAAGGUAUAACAGGUCAUGUGAGGAUUGAUGACAAUGGAGACCGAGAUGCAGAUUAUUCUGUGUUGGAUCUGGAUCCCAUCACUGGGAAAUUCGAAGUGGUCGCGCAUUAUUACGGUUUGCAUAAGGAAUACUCCCCGGUACAAGGGCAGAACAUCCAUUGGCCUGGGGGACGUGAAGGACCACCUCCAGAUGUACCCAAAUGUGGGUUCUUGGGGAAUAACCCUGAUUGUCGUAAUGAUGACUCCUAUGUGAUGAUUCUCUAUGGAUCCUUCGCUUUCGGAGCAUUUAUGGUCCUAACAGCAACAUUGGCUUGUAUAUCAUACAAACAUUUGAGACACGUAGCUGAUCUCAACAACAUGUCAUGGCGGAUCAAACCCGAGGAAGUGCUUUUAGAAGUAGGAAAACCCUAUGGAUCAAAACUAGGCCUACAAAAACUAACAGAAACUUUUGGGUUGCGUAGUGGACGCGCAUCAAUCACCUCCUGUAAUUCACUACCCCCAACACAGAUAUUCACCACGAUAGGAAUUUAUAAAGGCACACGUGUAGCAAUCAAGAAAAUCACUAAAAAGAAGGUCGAUGUGAACAAGAAACUCCUCUGGGAAAUCAAACAGGUCCGUGAUGUAACCCAUGAAAACACAGUGCGUUUCCUUGGAGCAUGCAUAGAAUGUCCCACAGUGCUAAUACUAACUGAAUAUUGCCCCAAGGGAUCACUCAGGGAUGUGUUACAAAAUGAUGCAAUCCAACUAGAUUGGAAUUUCCGGAUGUCCCUCAUACACGAUGUGGUUAAGGGAAUGAGUUUCCUGCACGGCAGUGAAGUAUCCGUUCAUGGUAAACUACGAUCGUGUAAUUGUCUUAUUGAUGGCCGUUUUGUACUCAAGAUAAGUGAUUUUGGUCUGACUACCCUUACAACACCAAACGAAAUAGUAAAAGACCAGAAUUAUCAAAUGAAAUUAUUAUGGAUCGCCCCUGAACUAUUACCCUUAACAGUCAUCCCAGGAACACCCGCAACCCAAAAGGGAGAUGUCUAUUCCUUUGCCCUGAUUCUGGAAGAGAUUAUCCUAAGAACAGGACCAUUCCACGCUGCGCGUCAGUAUUUAGAAGUCUCAGAAAUCCUAUCCCGAAUAGCAGCAAGGGAAUUCCCUCCGUUUAGACCCAUGGUCAAUCUACGUGACUGCCCUGAUGAUUUACUAGAACUCAUGGAGAGAUGCUGGUUGGAUAACCCCGAUGAAAGACCUUCCUUUGAAGUAAUUCGAGGUGUACUAAAGUGUAUCAUGAAAGGGUACUGUGAGAACCUCAUGGAUGAUUUACUCCGACGUAUGGAACAAUAUGCCAACAACCUUGAGAGUCUUGUCGGUGAGAAAACAGAACAACUCAGUCAAGAGAAACGCAGAUCUGAGGAACUCCUCUAUCAAGUGUUACCAAGACCAGUUGCAUGUCAACUGAUGGCUGGGGAAAUAGUCCAACCUGAGCAGUUUGAAUGUGUGACCAUUUACUUCAGUGAUAUUGUGGGUUUCACUGCGUUGUGUGCUCAUAGUUCCCCAAUGCAGGUUGUGGACUUUUUGAAUGAUCUCUACAGUACCUUUGAUCGGAUCAUUGGGUUUUAUGAUGUUUAUAAAGUGGAGACUAUUGGGGAUGCAUAUAUGGUGGUUUCCGGUCUUCCGGAACGCAAUGGGAAUGACCAUGCAAGAGAAAUUGCUUUGAUGUCCCUGGCGAUAUUGAAAGCCGUGCAAUCUUUCGUGAUCAAGCAUCAACCUGAUUAUAAACUGAAGCUGAGGAUAGGGAUUCAUUCGGGUCCUGUGUGUGCGGGUAUCGUGGGGCAGAAAAUGCCACAUUUUUGUCUUUUUGGGGAUACGGUCAACACGGCGAGUCGAAUGGAAAGCACUGGAUUACCUUUGAAGAUACAUUUGAGUGAAACCACCAAGAAGAUCCUUGAAUUUUUCGGGACUUUUAAUCUGGAAUUGCGAGGUGAGGUUGAACUUAAAGGUAAAGGGUUGUUUACUACGUAUUGGUUGUUGGAGACAACUGAACCGGACCCUAGACCACCUACGCCCUGUCAUAAUAUGCAGGAAGAUGUCAAUCCUUAUCCGCUUGUGUUUAUGGGUUAAUCAUGCUACUAGAAGUACAACUAUGCUUAAUGUACCUGUAACCUAUCUGUGUUUCUGUAUUUCGAUUAUGAAAA